AUGACCCGAAACGAGACUAGCUUUGACAACAAGGAAGACGCCAAUGACGUCGUCUGGAUCUUGACGAGCUCUUUCUUGAUUUUUACGAUGCAGUCCGGCUACGGAUUGCUCGAGUCCGGUUUCGUUUCCCGCAAGAACGAAGUGAACAUUCUCGUGAAGAACGCCACUACGGUGCUGUUCGGUGGCCUGGUUUUCUGGGCUGUCGGCUACGGUAUCGGCUUCGACCCGAUGAAGAACCCCUACUUCAGCUUCGGCAAAUUCUUCACCAGCGCUGACGAAGUCCACAUGGGGCAGCGGUACUCGCGCUACGUCUUUCAGCUAGCGUACGCCACCACAUCGACGGCACUCGUGUCGGGCUCCAUGGCCGAGCGCACCAAGUUCACCUCGUACUGCCUGUUCUCGGCGCUGGCCACGGUGCUGUACUGCGUGCCGGCCGGCUGGCUCUGGAACCAGGGCGGCUUCCUGGCGCGCAUGGGCGCCGUCGACAUCGGCGGGUCGGGAGUCGUGCACCUGCUCGGCGGAUGCGUGGGGCUGGUCGCCGCCAUCGUGCUCGGGCCGCGGCUGGGACGCUAUGACUCCGGCACGGCGCCGCUGCCCCUGGGCAACCCCACCAACGCGCUGCUGGGACUGUUCAUGCUCUGGUACACACGCCUCCUCCACAGUAAUUAA